CGGGAAUGAUAGAUCUUUGUGUGGGUUUGGUGCUGGUACCGCUGGCAUGAAGGGCACGUGGCUUAUCCAUUACCUCUGAAUGAUGAGAGGGUUUGUAUCAACCGAAUAGAUAAUGAGAUUAGUUCCGCCUCGAUAGGUAACAAUGACGAAUACGGGUAAGGUUAGCAAUGAUGCAUCCUGGAAAUGUAGGGGACAUAUAAAGAUCAGACCCGUUAGUAUUGUGACUUUUCUUCUCCGUCGUACUCGCCCUCACCCAGACCGCACACCCUCCCCGAAACCUCCGUCUGGCACCACCACCCGUCAACCCCUCUCAACAUGCCUGCCUCUUUUUUGGAACUUCUUGAGAAACUGCUCGAGGGGACCGGUAACCGGAAAGCAGCCCAAAAGCUCCGCCGGUGGCAGCACGGACGGCAAUCGUGCAACGUAAACACAUUGGUCCUCGAGUACAUCGAAGCGGAGACCAAGCUGCGCUUCAACAUCCAGCGGGAAGCCAGUGUCCAAAUGGAGCAUGAGGCUCUUUUCAUCAGUAGUACUUGUAGCAUCGACAACGACAAGAAAACAACGGCAUCGACGGUCUCGAGGAUGGAGGCACUGCAGAAUGAACUGCGUUCGCUCUCAGAAGGCAUUUGGCACCAGGAGCGCAAGAUGGACAUGGUUCACGCUCGGCUCUGUUCCCUACCGAUCCGACGGGCCCUGGUCAGCUGCCACAAGGACAAGGAGUGGUAUUUGUCGGAGUGGAUGCGGAGGGACUGCGCGCGCCGCGAGGGCUGUUGCGCGCGGGAGUGCGGCUGCUGUCGGCGGCCGCGGAGUGCGCGGCGGCCGCAGCAUCGGGGCCAUUGCACCGCGGUGCGUGCGUGUUGCGAGCAGAGCAGAGGGUUUGCGGUCACCGGGAAGGAUGUCUGGGAGCCGGGGAAGAUGGCUGGGGCGUCGAAAGAACACCAGUUGAAUCUUUAUGCGACGCGGUUGAGGGAUGCGUAUUUCUUCGGGCUGUGAGAUUGGGCUGCAUGCUUGCUGCGCUUCGGUUCUCUUUGCGUUUCUUUUUCAUGUGUUUCUCUCCGAAUGUGUUAUGCAGAUUGCUUCUAUGGAUUGCUGAGGCUAAUAGGAUUUGUGUGUCGGAUACGAAAAAAGUCCGUGCAGUAUAGAGUUGAGAACAGACCAACCGACGAUCCCACCAUCAUAUCGCGCCGGAUAACAGAUUGUGGCGGUGCG